UGCAUGCAUGUGGACAGAUAGGCCAGCAGACUUCACAAGGGCCGACGUGGACAGCAUAGCACCAUCGCGUUACGGUCGUCAAAGUGGACUUAGCCCUACUGUUUGUUUUACCGGUAUUUCGUCUGUGUGGAGUUUUAUGUUAACUGCUUGCUAACCUGCGAGACGGUCAAUUUGAAAAGCAAUUAAAAUCUGUUCAGUGAACAAACAUGUGGAUGACAUAACGGUGAAGACAUUUGACGCGGAAGUACAGUUCAUCCCCUAUAAUCGCCUGUACAGCUGUAUCGGCACGUGGCAGCCUCAUUUGUCGUUUUCUACUGUGCACCGAAAGCUGAGGACAACCGCAAAAAGCACCCAAAUCUUGAAAGUUAAAUCCACAGGAAACUAAGGGGAUUCACGAAACUCUUUCGUGUGCGGAGACAGGAAUGCCGUUUUCCAUGUUUAAUCUGACGGCGAACAUGGAUCUUCAGAGCAUCGUUGUGUUUCCGGAAUACCACAGACUCGUGACCGUUGUUGUCCCUGAUUUGUGGGACUAUUACCACGAGGAGCCAACCCAUCCCGAUGGCUUUUUGGGCGACUUGCGGACCUACUGCAUGCCCAUCUCCUGGCAAGAACUCAAGUUGCCGUUCCUUCUGGCCGUCGUCUGGACACUGCUGAGGAUGCUGAUGACAACUCAAGUUUUCAAGCCGCUUGCAGUUUGGGGAAAGCUGCGAGAGGACAACAUUAACAAGUUGCCCGAGAGUGCCUGGCGCUGUCUGUGCCACUGCAUCACGUGGAGUUUCGCAGCCUACGUCUUGCUGAGCAACUAUCCAGACAUCUUCUUCAGACCACACACAGCCUUCAAAGAUUGGAAAGUGGGUAACAGUGUGCCCUCGGAUAUCUACCUGGUGUAUGCCAUUCAGGGCGGUUACUAUCUCCACCGCAUUGUGGACACGCUGUUCCACGACAUAUGGCGGACGGACACGGUCGUCAUGUCCCUGCACCACGUCUUGUCCCUCACCCUCAUCACCUUCUCCUAUGCCUCGAGAUAUCACAACAUUGGGAUCCUGGUUUCGUUCUUUCACGACUUCGAUGACAUUUGGCUGGAGGUCUCCAAGGUGUGUGUCUACCUGAAGUUCCGCAACGGCAAGAAGCAUCAAAACUGGCAGACGUUUGCCAACAUCUGCUUCACCAUCCUCACCAUUUCCUGGUGUGUGAUGCGUCUUUACUGGUACCCGCUCAAAGUGCUAAGGAAUUGCACUCCCUCUGUGGCCAGGAAGCAUGCUAUCGGCUUUGUGCCUUUUGGCAUCCUCUUCAACAUCAUGCUGUGGCUACUCCUAGCACUGGAUAUAUACUGGUUUAUGCACAUUGUGGUGGUUUUGAAGAAGGUGGCCAUGGGUCAGAUGAAGGAAGUGGACGAUAUACGUGACUAUGACGUAAAUAAGCAACUCAUGGAAGAAGAGGCUAAGAAUGCAAAGCGAGAGUAAU